AUGGAGGAGCCUUUCACACACAGAGAUUUCUACUCUGAGCAUUUUGUUUCCAAAGACUAUCUGCAAACCUAUUAUAAAUUUAACUUAGAUGAUAAUGGAGUGAAUAAGCAUCUAAGCUUUUUCCUGAAAGGGGCCCACAGGACAUUCACCCUAGAUGGCAUCAAGGGAGAUACCCUGAUCGACAUUGGCACCGGCCCAGUUAUCCACCUGUUCCUCUCUGCCUGCGAGUCCUUCCAGGAGAUCAUAGCCACUGAUUACACUGACCAGAACCGGGAGGAGGUGCAGCGAUGGCUGAAGAAGGAACCUGGGGCUUUCGACUGGAUGCCUGUCGUGAAAUAUGUCUGUGAGUUGGAGGAGGACAAGGAAAAAUGGCCAGAGAAGGAAGAGAAGGUCCAAAGAGUCAUCAAGCGAUACCUGAAAUGCGAUGUGACCCAACCCAACCCUUUGGCUCCGCUGGUUCUUCCUCCUGCAGAUUGUUUGCUCUCCACCUUUUGCUUCGAUGGGGCUUGCAAAGACAUCCCCACCUACCGAUCUGCCUUCAGGAACAUCAGUUCCCUUCUGAAACCAGGGGGGCACCUCCUGUUUAAUUCAUCCCUUGAAGGGCACUACUAUACGGUUGGCCAAUACCAUUUCUCUCUCCUCUACCUCGAGAGGGAGAUGAUAGAAGAGGCAGUGAGACAGGCUGGCUUUGUCAUUAAAUGA